UGACCCGGCAACAUUGGAAAACUCCGGUCGGAAUCUUGUAUCGUACCACGUAUUUUUCGCCUAUCAUCAUUGAAUUUGAAUCGAAGAAACCACCCACGCACACGUUCGUUGAUUCAUGUUCUGUUCCUUUUCUAAACCCAACACAACAUCGUGUCCUUUUCUUCUCUUCGAUCCACUACGUGCCUGAUCCUCUGCUUCAGGCACAUACUCCCGCAGGUUAAAUGGCGAGGAUCAAACCUCAGGCUCUGCUACAGCAAAGCAAAAGGAAGAAGGGUCCUUCUCGGAUAAGUGCCGUGACUGUUAUAUUUUACUUUUUGAUUCUUGCCUUGGUUGGGUUUUUCCUGUUUGCUUCGUACAGACAUUGGUCCAGCAGGAUGUGUCCCACUUCUCAUAUAGACUGGGAACUUCAGAAGAACAUUGUCUGUUACCUAAUAAUUCAUUUCUUAUAUGCAUUCAGAUCAAGAUUACAAUCCGAAGAUCACUUGUCAGUCUCCGAGGGUGAAAAUACUUUUGUGGACUCCAAGAAAUCUGAGCUGCCUGGAUAUGCUGUUUUAAAUACCUCUAAAGGUUCUAUAAUAAUAGAACUGUACAAGGAAAGUGCUCCUGAAGUUGUUGAUGAAUUCAUUGACUUAUGUCAAAAAGGACACUUCAAGGGGAUGCUUUUUCACAAAGUAAUUAAGCACUAUGUGAUUCAGGCAGGGGAUAACCAAGGAUCUGGAGCUACUGAAGAUUGGAACUUGAGAGGAAAGCAACAUACAAUUACUAGUAUGAAACAUGAAGCAUUCAUGCUUGGAACUUCCAAGGGCAAACACAACAACAAAGGAUUUGAUCUUUUCAUUACAACUGCACCGAUACCAGAUUUAAAUGAGAAAAUUAUUGUGUUUGGGCAAGUCAUCAAGGGAGAGGAUGUUGUGCAGGAAAUUGAAGAAGUGGAUACAGAUGAACAUUACAAGCCUAAAGUAUCUAUCGGGAUACUUGAUGUGACUCUUAAACAGAAGGUCUGAUGUCUGAAGGUUCUCUGCUAGAUCAAGAUCAUAAUUAGCUGUGAUACUUAGCUGUUAACCUGUUUUGGGGGACACUGGUCAAAUCUUUUGUACAGGGAUGAACCUUGAGAAUUUUGCCUGGGCUGCAUCUAUCAAGUGUUUGAGCCUUGAUGUUGUUUUUGCUAUUGCGUUUUUAUUUAACACGGGGAUUAUGCAAUCUCCUUUCCUUACAUCCUUUUAAUUUAUCUGUUUGUUUUUCUUUCUUUUUCUUUGAAAAAAUUGGGGGGCAGAUUAGGUUUGUAGGAAGGCUUUUGCAUUUUGCUUGAAAGGUUUGAUAAUAUCACAUUUUUUUGUGACAUUACUUUUCAUUUGUAACCUCCAUGAGAUCACAACAUUACUUCCUUAUGCAGUUCAUGACUUAAUGUAUCAAUUGUGUUUCUAUUGAUGGCCAA